UUAUCAUCAUCAUCAUUAUCAGAAAAAACAAUCACAAACAUUUUCGACAAUCAUCAUCAGUGUUUUCGUUGCAAAGAAAUUUCACUCAUCAACCGAAUCAUCACCAUCAUCAUCACUUUUAUCGAUCAAUCCAAUCAUCGAAUUCUAUUGGUUUUAUUACCAACAAUAAUCUACAACAACAACAACAGAAGAAAAAAUUAAAACCACAAAAGAAUCCACACAGUUAUAAUUCAUCAUCAUCAAUUCAUGGAAUUCGACAAUCAAAACCAACAAUAUCACCAAUAAAACAACAACAAAAUCAGCAAUCAAAGUCAAUUCUUCGAUUAUCAUCAUCAAAUCGAUCGAUUAUCAAUAAUAAUAAUCAUCAUAUAUUUAGUGCACAACAACGUCGUACAAUGAAACCAGGUGGUAAUGAUGAAAUUUAUCUGGAAAGAAAUUCCGAACUAGUCGGAAUAAUUUCAACAAAAUUAAAUCAACAACAACAGAAAAUGGGGAAUAAUCAGAUGACAAAAACAACCGGCGGAAAUACCACUUCCACUAAUGAAAGUGGCAGUAAAAUUGAUACAUUAUUAGAUCGUAAAGCAUUUAUAAGCCUGGAGAAAAGUAUCAAUUGGCAAUCAUUAUUGGCUAAUGAUUAUUAUGGACAAUUUCAAAACCAAAACAAACAUUCGGACACAACUACAACGACAGUGUCGAACAACAAAACAGAAAUAGAAUGUAACAAUGGAAAUGAAUUCAGCCAUCCUGGUAUGAAAUAUGUACCUGCAUGGCUUAAAUUAUUACGUCUACAUAAAUAUGCAUCAAUAUUUGCCCAUAUGUCAUAUGAUGAUAUGAUGAAUAUAACUGAACAUGAUUUAGAACAACGUAAUAUAACCAAAGGUGCAAGACAAAAACUAUUUCUUAGCAUCCAGAAAUUACGGGCAAGAUCAGCUGUAUUAUUAGAAUCGGAAAGACAAUUGUCCACCGAUAAUGGCCAUUGGGAAUCAAAAUCAUCAUUGAAAAUAAUUAGUCAGAUUCUAUUCCAAAUACGUGCAUUUCUUUCGACACCAAUUUGUUGUGAUGGUGGUGGAAGUGGUAACGAACGACAACAAUCGACUAAUGAUGAUAACGAUGGACAACCGGAUGAAUCAAUAUCACUUUUAACAGUUGAUGUUAAUAAUAAUAAUAAUAAUAAUCGACAAACUUUAUCAUCAUCAACGAUCACACAGAAUGGUGAUUUACCAUCAAUAAUUGUACGAUUAAUUGGUCAUGGUAAAUAAUUUGAAAUUUUCAAAUUUUUUCAAUCAACUAAUCCUUUCAA